CCGGGGAGUGAUUAGCCCCAAAAGCGGAGUGGAUAGCGAGUGAGCGAGAGCGAGGAGGAAAAGAAACGUUUCGCGAUGGCGGACGACGACAACACCCUGGAGGAGAUCCCGGAGUCGGAGAACAAGCAUCUCCUUCGCAACCGAGGUCGCAAGGGCGCGCUGAAGAAGAAGAACGUCUAUAAUGUCAAGGAUCAUCGGUUCAUACCGCGCUUCUUCAAGCAGCCCACGUUCUGUUCGCACUGCAAGGAUUUUAUCUGGGGAUUCGGCAAGCAAGGAUUUCAGUGUCAAGUUUGUUCCUUCGUCGUUCACAAACGAUGCCACGAGUACGUCACCUUCAAGUGUCCGGGUGCGGACAAGGGAGCCGAUUCGGAUGAUACCCGUACCAAGCAUGAGUUUAAAGAGUCGACCUAUUCGAGCCCAACGUUUUGCGAUCACUGUGGCUCGCUGUUGUACGGUCUGAUCCACCAGGGGCUUAAGUGUACAGCAUGUGAUAUGAAUGUACACAAACGGUGCGAGGAGAGCGUACCGAACCUCUGCGGAUGUGAUCAUACCGAGCGCCGAGGGCGGAUCCAGCUGUCGAUCACGCAGGCGGCCGGCAAGCUCAAUAUUGAAGUGAAACAGGGUCGCAACCUGAUUCCGAUGGAUCCGAAUGGCUCGAGCGACCCGUACGUCAAGAUUAAGCUCAUCCCGGAUGCGGACAAUGUGAAGAAGAAAACCAAAACCAUCCGCGCGUCGCUGAACCCGGUCUGGAACGAGACGCUGAUAUUUGAUCUGAAGGCGGAGGAUAAGGACCGCCGUCUACUGAUCGAGGUGUGGGAUUGGGAUCGCACCUCGCGGAACGAUUUCAUGGGAUCACUGUCGUUCGGCAUCUCCGAGAUCCUGAAGAACCCGGUCGACGGGUGGUUCAAGCUGCUCACCCAGGAGGAGGGCGAAUACUACAACGUGCCGGUACCGGAGGAGGGUGCCGAUCUUGUGCAGCUCAAGAGCCAAAUGAGGAAAACAUCCAUCACCAAGAAGAUACCGAUGAUGGGCGAUAAGGAUGUGCCGCAUAAUAUGACCAAGAAGGACGUCAUACGGGCGACCGACUUCAACUUCCUGAUGGUGCUCGGCAAGGGUUCGUUCGGCAAGGUGAUGCUGGCCGAGCGCAAGGGCACCGACGAACUGUACGCGAUCAAGAUCCUGAAGAAGGAUAUCAUCAUUCAGGACGACGACGUCGAGUGCACGAUGGUGGAGAAGCGUGUCCUUGCGCUCUCCAGCAAGCCUCCGUUCUUGGUGCAACUACAUUCGUGCUUCCAGACGAUGGAUCGUCUGUACUUUGUCAUGGAGUACGUCAACGGUGGUGAUCUCAUGUUUCAGAUUCAACAGUGCGGCAAGUUCAAGGAACCGGUCGCAGUAUUUUAUGCAUCGGAAAUUGCAAUAGGUUUGUUUUACUUGCACGCGCGCGGCAUCGUCUACCGCGAUCUGAAGCUGGACAAUGUUCUGCUGGAUCAGGACGGUCACAUCAAGAUUGCCGAUUUCGGUAUGUGCAAAGAGGGCAUUAUGGCUGAUAAGACGACGAAAACAUUCUGCGGCACUCCGGACUAUAUAGCACCCGAGAUCAUUCUAUAUCAACCGUACGGCAAGUCUGUUGAUUGGUGGGCCUACGGAGUGCUACUGUACGAGAUGCUCGUUGGUCAGCCACCGUUCGAUGGCGAGGACGAGGAGGAGCUGUUUGCCGCCAUCACCGAUCACAACGUUUCCUACCCGAAGAGCUUGAGUAAGGAAGCCAAAGACGUCUGCAAGGGGCUACUGACGAAGAAUCCACAGAAACGGCUUGGCUGCGGUGCUCGAGGCGAGGAGGAUGUCCGUGCCCAUGCCUUCUUCCGGCGCAUCGAUUGGGAGAAGAUCGAAAACCGGGAAGUGCAGCCCCCGUUCAAGCCAAAGAUUAAACAUCGCAAGGAUGUCUCCAACUUCGAUCGUCAGUUCACUUCGGAGAAAACCGAUCUCACGCCGACGGACAAGCUUUUCAUGAUGAAUCUCGAUCAAACGGAGUUCAACGGCUUCUCGUAUCUUAAUCCCGAGUUUGUGCAGUACGUCUAAAAGUGGGGAGGGCGCCCGGAACCAAUCUCAACACCAGCCUCCCCUUCACGUCUAGCAGUGGUUAUUGCUCAACCCGCGUUUCCAUUUUAAUGUUUGUAUUUUGUUUAAUUCGUUUACCGUGUCAGCCGAUCGGAGAGACCACUUAUCCAAAGAAACGAUUUACAUUAAGCUACAUUUGCUGUGACCUUUCGCAGAAGGUUGUUCGACAGUAGGGCAUUCAUGAAUCCAGUCAAACGGCUUGCCAUACGAUAAGUUUCCAUUCCGCUCUCAAACGUUUGGAGCAUUUGUUUUCACCUCCCCGGGGGGACUUGCGAACCACAAUCCUUAGGUCUUCCCGUUCGCGCGAGGUGUCGUUGCCUAGUUGUUUAAUUAGUCGCCGUUUUAGUUAAUUUUCCACAAAUUUCGCGAAAGGCAGGAUGUGGUUUGCUUAACAAGCUUCGUCUUCGGAUAUGUUUUAUGUUUACCGUAAUCGAAAUGGCGUGUCUCUCGUGGCCACAGUUUCGUUUGCCUGUGCAAAUCUCCUGUACAUGUUUAGCUAGUAAAUAAGCAAAAGGAUCCGAUCGGUUUUGCCUGCACUCCAUCGGUUCCUCCUUUGCGAGGGAAUCUAAUUGCCAAACUCUUUUAUCUACUAAUACCACUUUUACACUCAUUAUCGUGUCACGGACACCGGCGAAGCUACGCCAGCGAGCGAACAACGGAUUACAUUCGGCGCGCCAUGUCUAUGGCGGUCAUGUCGCAAGUGGCGAUUGCUUGAUCGUGGCUCCGUCCGGAUCCGUGAAGCGACAUUUAAAACAUCUGCACCUUGUUAAAAUCUACACACUUUUAUACUAUAAACAAAUUAUACAUAUAUACAAAUGCGUUUCAGUAAAUGAAGCAUUCAGCAACAACAGAAAGUAAUAAACAAUCCAACUGAUCGUCGAGAGUGGCACUUGAGGGGCAAGGCAGGAAAAGAAAAGGAAAAAAUACAAGCAAAACAAUUAAAAGAAACACUGCAAGUGAAGCUAAUUUAUUUUCGCAUCGAAUAAUUUCGCCGGGAGGAUUUUACUUUUCGUUUCGAGCAACGCGCUAUCGAACAACCGAAAAGCAUCAAUACAAUUGCAAACCAACACUAUAAUUGUUCUGAAAAAUAUCGAAUAAAUCAGACUCUUUGCUUACGACCAGUAGAGAAGCUUAGACGAUACGUGAGAUCGCCUUACAUGGAAAAUAAUCUUUCGAGAGAAACUAAAAGGUACAACCCAGGACUACAUUGUGAACCCAGAAGAAUUUAUUCUGCUCUUCUCGGCAGCACGCAUUCAAUGUUGCACUCUGUCGAAUGGUUCGACUCUAUCGUCCCUUUCUAGGUGACCGACAAGCCACCGGAAACUACAAGAUCUACGGAAUUUAAAGCAGUACAGCUCUAGUUGAGCCGACUUUUAGGGAAUCACUUUGGUCGUGAACAACAAC